CAUCGCUGAAAACGCUGAAAAUAUGCUCCAAGGUAAGGUGGCUAUCAGGGUACUCGACAAUCAACCAAUCGUAAUCAAGAAAUAGUACUACAUACUAUGAUAGAUAUACACAAGUUACAAUGACGUUUGGAUUAAGUUUUAAAGAAUUCAUCACCAACAGUUGAACAUUUUUAGUGCUUCAUACUGAUGAAGAUGACUUGUUACGAGGUUACUGAUUAUUUAAAACGGACUAGAAACAUAAAUAGUUAUCGUGGAUAGCGACCGGCGCGAAAAUGGCCAAUUGGACGAUGUGGGGUAGGAGUCUCAGGUCAAGUCGACCUCACCGCAGUCGUCACGAGCAAGAGGUUAUCGUCGAGCUAGACCCCUCAAAAGGACUCAAAGAAAACGUCAAAGAAGUUUUAACCAACAUUUGUACCCAUGGAGUGUCAGUUUGUCUCAAGUUAGCUUAUUUAAAUGCAUUUGUGCGGCUUAUUGAUGAGAAUGAUACCGGUGAUUUCGGAUACAACAUUGAGGUCAUCUUGCGUUGCUUACAGGUGGGACUUUACCAAGAAGCAACCCAAGUACGCGCCGCAGCUCUGCGAGCGGUAAGACACUUAUUAAAAAACGAACAACACGUAUUAGCCUUCAACAAAAUUCACUAUCCAGUAUUCAUAGUUCGAAGUAUGGAUAUAAAUUUAAAAAACGAAAUGGAGCGAAUUCAAGCGUUAAAACUAGUAAGAAGGAUAAUGUUAUUAGCGCCUCAACACAUAGUGCCUACCAUAGGAAGAUGCCUGGUGAGUCUAACCAACGGCGGCUACGAGGAGAAAGAUCGUUUGUUCCACGCAUUUCUAGCCGUCCUCUGUGAAUUAGGAGUAUUAAAUACAAAUUUAUUUAUAAACUGCGGAGGUGUUGGCGCAAUAACCAGAGCAGUGAUGACUGAUCUCAGUCCCACAAUGAUCGAGUGUAUCGUCGGGAUUCUUUUAGGUUUAUUAUCGCACCCAGAAACAAGAUUCAGCGUUUCGCUGAUGACCCUAGCAGCGCCUUACAGUGAAUUACACUCACUAACAAAGGAAAAGACAAGAGAUCACCGCGAAACAAGAUUCACAGCAAGUAAACACGCACUGUUAAGCGUGUUGCGUUCCUACGCAGGAAUAAUCCACUUCUGUAACCCGAAUGACAACGCCGGGUUGAAGGCAGUAAUAGACAUAAUGCACGUAGAGCAGCUUGAAGUGCGUGGCGCAGUCCUAGAAUUAUUCUACGAGCUCCUGGGUCUUCCUUUGCCAAUGUGGACUGAUGAGCCAGAUGUCGCUCUAGCUGCAGUGGAUCCUUGCCGGCACCGCGAGAGCUGGAAACUCUCUGAAGGAUUUAUAGCCGCUGAAGGACGAUCAGUACUGCCGUCUCUCGCUUUGCGAUGUCCGAACAUCACCGAGCUCCACUUGUCACUCCUAGUGUACGUUUUACUAGAAUGCAGACUGCCCUGUGCGCUAGUGGAGACAAUAGUUACAUCAGACACAUUCAUAUCUGUCCGAGCUGCGGUAUUACUUGGCGGCUUGCUGCACCUUUCUCACACUCUUCUUCCUCCCGAGAUCUGUUACCUCACUCCUCCUCUGCCCGGUCUUCUAGAACACGCCAGUCGCGGGAACCACCAAGCGCUCGGAGCACUGGUAAUUCUCAGCAGAAUGCACGUGAUGAUGCGCCGACAACCGAUACCCUCAAGCUUGUUCCUCGACCGGUUUCAUCAGCCAGGCUCUUGGUUACAAUCUUCAGUGCCUCUGCGCAGUCAGAUGGUGUCCAGCAAGACAAACUGGCUAAAAAGAUCCUCAUCCACCACACCUCUGCUAAAAGAAUCACACGUACUGAGCACUAAAGACGUCCACGGUUGGAAUUGGUCUGUUAUCUGUACAAUCCUUAGGUCGCGUGAAGAUUCAAUUCACAUUCCUCACGAUUCCGACCAUAAAUUAUUUAUAAAACGGCUUGUUAAUUAUUUUAUCCCCUCGUCAAAUGGAUUCAGCCGGGUUGAAUUAAUGUCUAAUGCUAUUCUAUCCCGCAAUGCGACACUAGCUGGUUGUGAUUUAGUUAAUUGCCUCCUGGAGAUGCAAGAGCUUGAAGGUACUAGACUAUUAAACGAAUUAAUUGAUGAUAUUUCUAAACAAAUAAGUGCAAUAAGCACCGCACCAAGUGCUCAUGAUUGUCUUUUUUCUCCUCGUCAUAUGACAACAACUUGUUGUCAAAAAUAUUUUUUAUUUCUUGGACAAUUAAGUCACUCUGCAAAAGGUACUGUUAUUCUUAAGAGUUUUAAUUUAUUAGAAAAACUUGAAACUUUGGCAAUAACAACCAACCACGACUGUUAUGUUAAGCUUAUUAUUUCCACGCUCGAUUACUCGAGAGAAGGACUUAAUCGUAAAGUUUUAAGUAAAAUAAUAUCAACUGCGUCACUUGAACAAACACGAUUGUACGCGACACAAUUUUUGCGUCUUAUUCUCAGGGCUAAAAUGACUGAUGCAUGCCAAUGGGCCUUAGCUUUGCUCGUAGACCGGCUUGUCGACGAGAGUAAAUUAAUAGCGUUAGCAGCGUUGGAAGCGAUGCAUGAAAUUUGCGAAGAUCCAGAGUACCUGGAGGCUUUUUUUCAAUUGACAGUAAAUAGCCGUGCGUGGGACAAGUGGUUUGAGCAUUUAGGAGUUCGUGGUUACUUGCUCUUCAUUCGUCUCUACGCUUUGCCAGCUAGUUUUACGAAGCUUCCGUCUCACGUUGAGGAGCUGGAGAAGUGGAUCAAGCCCGGUGGGUUUGCUGAGAAUUAUGUCCAGCUUAUUGAUGGAGAAAUUCACGAUUCGCUGACGCGCCGUCAGCGCGAUGAAAAUGGUAUUUACAUGCGAAGAUCUACCAACAUGGUAUUAAUGCCGAGGGAUAUUUUCAUUCCUUCACAUUUGAUUGGUCAGCUGGUCCAGCAUGAGUCGGGUAUCCAGUUGAUCAUGCGAAGAAAUGUCCUCCAGCGUUUUGCGAGAAUUAUUCAAAGGUUCAGAACGGAUAUCAGCAAUGUUGAUACCGCGGAUUCGAAUCCUAAGGUGACUAAAAGCACUCCCAGGUGUGCGAUGGACGAUGCUCACUUUAUGUCAGAAGAAUCAGGGAUUGAGGAUAUCGCUGAGUCCACCAAUCGUCUUGAGACGAUCAUUGACUCGGAAGUUAUGGAGGCUAGCGAGUGUCGAACGCCUCGCAAGGCGGAUUCCUUUGUGGAAAUGCGCAGGAAGUUGAGCAUGGAUGACUCUCAACGCACGACACCUGAGAGGAGUUACUACCGAGAGGAUCCGGAGCAGUUCAUCAGCUUUGAUGAUAGAUUAUUGAAGGUCAAGUCGGCGCUCUGGGCUCUAGGUCAUGCUGGUACUUCGCCAGCUGGAGUAGAGCAGCUUCAGAAUUUGGGUAUUAUUGAAACUAUUACGUCUAUUGCUGAAUCUUGUAGUCAUUAUUCGGUCCGUGCGACUGCGUUUUAUACGCUAAGUCUUAUCAGCACAAGUCGUAUUGGCGCGGAUGCGCUUACGGCGCUUCAUUGGCCGUGUGUCAGGUAUCGCAGAGGCGAUAAUUGGCCGGUAAUUCCGCAGAAUAAUCCUAAUACUAUUCCGAGUCCUGUGCCGAUACAAAAGCACCAUCGUAGCUUGAGCGAUGGGAAACCUGAGCUUCCGGAUCUCACUAUUCGGAGGACUAGAAAUAGGUCUGAAAGCGCUGCUACGGAUAUUGAAAGCAAGCGCUAUGCUUUUCCGGCUGAUUUUAAAGAGAGAGGCGAGACACCUAGUCCUGUUUCGAGCAUUCAAAGACUGAGCCAGCAGGAUGCUGAAGGAUAUGCUAGACUUAGGAGUCUGCAAAGACACCGAAGACCCAGUUAUUCUCAAAGUAGCUUAGAGAUGUAUAGUUUGGAUGGAAGACUGUCGUUGCAAAGUCUUUCGGAGUUUGAAUCGUCUCGUAGUUGGACGACAGAUAAUAUGGUUAAUACAACUCCACCUCCACUGCCACCAGCACCACCACCCCAAGAGGAUCCUAAUGAUGUUAAUUAUAUGGGGAUAUGUCUUCCUAAAAAAUUGUCUAUAAUAUUUCCUCAUAUGCCUCGUUCGCAUUCGGUAAAUGUACCUGAUAAUGGAAGCAGUAAACUGAUAAAUAGCAGUUUUAGCAACUCUACUGAAGAAAAUAGUAGCGAGUAUAACAUUGAUGAGGAACAUCGUGAAAUAUGUUUGGCGUGUUAUCAGCUUGAGACUGAUAAUAAUGAAACGACUAAUAAUGAAGCUGACGAUAAAAUAAAAAAGGAUAUAUUGCGACACUCUCAGCGUCUUUCUAAUCCUGUUUGGCAUCGAAAUAGCCGGCAGACUCUGUUAAGAUUAAGACAACGCUACCCUGAGAAAUUUAAAGACACUUGUCUUUUUUUCGAAAUGGCUGCACGAUUAAGCAGCGGAACUUACAGAUUGCAAGCUCGUAGGUAUCUUCAAGAAUUGUUUCUUGAUGCGCCGUUUGAUGUUCUUUACAAAGAGCCCAGAGAACUAUUGCAACUGUUAGUGGGAACAGAAGAGAACCCAGUGCAAACUCCGGCAGUUGAACUGUCAACAGAUACAUUUACACUAAGCGCUAGUCCUUUAAAGAGAAAAGUUAAUGGUAGGUUAACGAUACCCGAAGCUGAAUCAGAAACGUCUGUUGCUACGAGUUCGGAAUUAACCAGUGAAAUUCAGUCAGUAGAUGUUAAUUUAAAGUCACCAAACUCGCCGGCUCACGAUUCUGAUAAGCUCAGCGAUGAGAAGAUUAUCGCUGAGAUACUUAAACCAGCCGAAAGACUCAGAACCUCCAAGAGCUCCGAUAAGAUGUUAAAAGUAACCUCCAAAAACACUGCCGUAAGCCUUGAAUAAUUAAUGGUUACUUUUUAAUUAUUAAUUACUCAUUAUUAAUUGUUAAAUUGUAAAUAUUUUAUAUAUAAAUAAUUAUUUAGUGUAUAAAUUAAUAAUAAAAAAAAACUUGUCACUGCCAAAAACUAAA